AUGUCGCCUUAUUUUUUAGAUGCUUCAGAUGCUCCCAGACACGUUCAUGUCACCGAACUCCUUCGUGAUGGCAACUACGGGGAGUGGGUAAACGAUAUGCGUGAUGCAUUGUUUGCUAAAAACAAGAUGGGGUUCGUUGAUGGAUCCAUACCUGUGCCAACACCCGAUUCACCAUAUUUACAACAAUGGAUGCGUUGUAAUGCUAUGGUGAAAGGUUGGUUAAAAAAUGCUAUGGAAAGGGACAUGAGGAAUAGCGUGAGAUACGCUAAUACUGCCAGCGACAUUUGGGUUGAUUUGGAAGAAAGAUUUGGAAAGGGAAGUGCGCCUAGAGCCUUUGAAAUAAGGCGAGCAGUUGUACUCCUACAACAAGAAAAGGCUCCAGUUUCAACAUAUUACACAAAACUUAAGAGCCUUUGGGAUGAGAUGAUGGUCAUCUCACCACUACCAAAGUGUGUAUGUAGGGGAUGCACAUGCAAUAUAUCAAAGCAAUUGGUUGAAAUGAAAGAGAAGGAACAACUAUACGAUUUCUUCAUGGGAUUAGAUGAUGAAUUUGCUGCUGUGAAAUCACAAAUCCUCAGUUCAAAGCCAACACCCAGCAUUGGUCGGGCAUAUCAUAUGACAUCUGAAGAUGAGCAACAAAGAAAAAUCUCAUCCACUCAUAAACCCAUUGUUGAAGCUACCGCAUUAUAG